CCUUCUCUAUCCUCCCCAUGUAGACCUGGACUCGCCUCCACACUGAGUACAGUGAAGACUGGGUUCCUCCCCGUCUGUAGACCGGUACUAGCCGCUAUACUGAGUACACUGUAACCGGUUCGCUUCCCACUGGUCCUGCCUCUGAUUACAGACCUGUACUCGCCUAUACUCUGAUUGCAGCACCACCUGUACUCACCUAUACACUGAUUCCGGUACCACCUGUACUCUUCCCGCCGCCGCUGAGUCACUACGCAUUAUGCAAAUGCCGCGAGGGGGAAAAAAUUGGUGCCUAUUUUGAGUACACCAAGUACACAGAGGUACUUCAAGCCUGCUCCACCAGUUGUCACCUGACGCCAUUAAGUACUCUGGGUCACCUAAUACGCCAUUAAUAGUAUUCUGGUCACCUAGGACGCCAUCUUUGAACCAGCUGCACCAUCAUGGGACCAAGACCACUCGUAUAGAUGGUUAGCAGCCCACCAGUUAACCAAUUUAUGCCCAUUCCAGACUAUUAGAUGACUUUGGCAAGAAUUUUUUGCGUGUGCUUUACGAAGAUAACGAGAAUUGAUGCGGUGUUGCACGCAUAAACCAGCCAGCACGUGAUAAUUGAUGAUAAACGUGGUUUAUGUAGAAAAUUAAACCUGCUGGUUUGAGGAUUUGGUUGAACGGGAGUUUAUAAACUGAACGACAGCGAGUGGAUAGUUGAAGGGACGUCUGGACUGGUUAUGGAGCUCUACUGAGUGGAGAGAGCGCGAGAGAGCAGUGUUGCCGGGGGGAGGAAAUUGUGGCCCUAUUUUAACCUGACUCGCUGGGUUUAGCGGUGCUAAAAGCCCCAUUAACACCAGUAGGAAGGCGGGGCUAGCCUUGGCGCGGAUUGUGACCUGUGUAUUGAGCGGAUAGAGACGGAUAGAGACGUCAGGGUGGUGUUGCGCCACCCUUAUCCACGCGUCAGCUGGACUGACUUCAGUAGCAUUGCGUCAGCCAUAGGGCCUUGACGUCAGUACUUGUAAAUUAUAAACCCAGUGGCGUUGAGAUAUAGUGAAUUAUAGUGCUUGCUGACUCAGAGAUACCGUGGUCAGUGAUACACAUGUGACAUUGUAUCAAGGAUGAGGUGAUUUAUAUAUUUGCUGAUUAUCUUAGGAUGAACUUGUAAGCUUAUUUCUACGCUUGGACGCUAACUAAGCUUUCAUCACGCAGUAAAUGUUACAAGUUGAGCAGUGUUUAACGGCAAGACUGACCGAAUGAGACAGUGACCAGACGACAGCAUCAGUGCACCGGGGAAGACGCAAGGAGCAGCAGUGGAAGCCUCCCUUAUGAACCAAGAGAUGUUGAGGUGCCAUGAACAGCAGAUUUGACGUGUGCAGCAUCAAUAACAGGACCUCCAACAACAGCAGCAGCACCAGCAACAACAGUAGCACCAGCAACAGUAACAAUAACCUUCACAGUGGAUCCUCCUCCUGUUCAAGUGCACCUCCAGCCGCAUCACGAAGCAGUGAUCUGACAAGAAACGGUGCAGUGAAUCACUGGUCAUAUGCAUUAAGUGAACAGUAUCAGCAGAGCUACUACCCACAGUACCAGUACCAGCAGUACCAGUACCACCACGAGUCAUACUACAAUCAACAGGUAUAUCAGCAGCAGCAAGCAUACUACCCUCAACAGCAUCAGUAUUUCAGUCAGAGCUCGUACACUGCUCCUGAGCCUCAGCAGCAGUACCCUGUAGGUGCACAACAAGCUGGGGAAAGUGGUCAAUGCUGGGAGUGCGGAGCAACAUUCCAGGAUGUGGCACUCCUUCGUGACCACCUGGCACUCUUCCAUGCCCACGUGCUUACGUACUCUUGCCGUUUAUGUCCAGUUAUUUUUCCUAGUCAAACACUCCUUGCCCAUCAUUUCAGCAGUUGCCAUGUGGUAGGUGAUCCAACUGCUUCAGCAAGAACUCAGCAUCCAGUUACGAGACAAAUAACACCUUUAGUACCUCAGUUGCAAACUGGGGAAGCACAACUCCCUAAAAAAGAAACCGAGUUUGUUUCUAAAGGUAAUGAAUCUUGCAAAGAACGGCAAAAGGAAGAUUUAUGGUGUAUUCAUUGUAGGAUAAAUCAGUUUGCUAGUGAAAAAGAAUUUGAGGCCCAUCAUUUGGGCCACGUUCGUCAAAAAACCUUAAAAGUGCGACUAAGACGCCUAACAGCAGCAGAGCUGAAGCGGGCCAAGGUGGAGCCUGGUAGAAAGAGGAGGCGGUCAAGUAUCAAGCUGAAGCUCAAAAUUUCCAAAGUGGGUCGAGGUCGUGGACGUAAGCGAAGAGAGGUACAAAUUGUUAAUAACGAGGGCAUGAGUGAGAACCACAACAGUUUUCAGGAACAACACAGACUGGAAGCUGAAGCUCGAGAGCCAGAGGUGGCGGAUGGUACAGAAGAGAGUAGGGUUCCUGAGGAGAAAGAAGAAAGUGGAGGUGACAGUGAAGGAGACCGUGAAGCCAGUGGAUCACCCUCAGAACAAAGGGACACUGAGGACCAAGUAGAACAGAAUCUACCGUCUGGGCAUGACGACUUGGAUAGUGGCAGGGAGCAGGAUUACGAGCAGGAGGAGCAGGAUUCUCAGCAAGACGAUUCUGAGCAGCAGGAACAAGACCAAGAGAAAGAGGAAGAGGCUGCUUCAUCACAACAAAAGGAAACGCAGGGAAAUUAUCAGGAAGCCUCUGGUAGUGCUGACCAAGCUGAAAACAGCAGUGGUAGUUUUAACGCCGGCUUUGGUGAACAAGAGCUCGGAUUUGGUAACGCUGGGUCAAGUGAAGCUCCGCCUUCAACUUAUCAACCCCAGUUUGAAUCAUUCCCUACCAGUGAUUGGUUCAGUGAAUACGAGUCUGGAUCACGAAUAGCUGCUGCAAUGGCAGGAGCAACAGCUGCAGAGAGUGCAAGUGAGAGCAGUGCUUGGGCAGGUGGAACAGAGGGAGCAGCUGAUCCUGACUACUCUUCAGCUGAUACCCCCCCAGAAAAGGAGUCCUCCAGUCAUCCUGUUAAUGGUGGGGAAAGUGAGGGUGAUGGAGAAGAUGGGUUAUUUAGUCAAGCAGUGUUGGGUCAGGAAUCCCCAGAGAAGAAUGAUCGCCAGGGUAGCUUCGAACAACUGUGUCUUAAUGACUCUUUCAGUGUCCAGAGCCAGGACAGUAAUGAAGAGCAAUCUCAAGAACAACAGGAAGAUCAGUCAGAGCUUUCACCACCACAGGAACAGCAGCAGCAGCAACAGCAGCAGCAGCAAGCUUCUGGUGUUGCAAGUGACUUGUUAUCAGAACUUGAAUACUUAAAUAAUAGUGGUCAGUCAUCACAAGAUUCACAGCCAGACUCUCAACCAGGCUCACAGCCAGGCUCACAGUCAGGCUCACAGUCUGGGCAGGUGGAUGGCUCACCACAUAGUGGAGGCCCCUCACCUCAUAGUGGAGGGCCUGCCACUCCUUCUCACCUUAGUUCUCGAGGUUCUAACUCUGGCACACCCACAUCCUCUGGUGGGCAGCCUACACCACCACCCUCAGACACAUCUUUUAGAGCAUUAGCUACCAGUCCUGUCACCAGUCCUACUCAACAGUCAACUUCACCAUCACUUCACAAAGGUCCAACGCCACCUGCUACAUCACCGCUUCAGCAGUCACAACAGCUUUCACCUCAAAGCGGUGAUCAGCAGGCUGGAGUGCCUCGACUCACAAUAGCAAAUAACCUCAUGGCUCCAGCGACUAGUGCUCAUAUGAUAGCAACAACAACCGCUAGUCAAGCCACAGUUGGCAGCAUGAUAUCUAGGUAUGGCAAUCAGUGGUCGCAGAAUGCAGCAUACAGUGCUGCUGGAAGCUAUGGUGCUCUGGCAGGCACAAGUAUGGCAAACACGAGCAUAGCGGGUCCACUGCGUGCUCCGUUGCCCCCGAGUGUUGCAAUGCCAUAUCGUCCUAGUCCUCCACCACGGGUGAGAGGACGACCGCCUCUCAUGGGCCACGUAGGUCGUCCGCCUCUUCAUCAGGCAGCACACCUACAGCCGUCAAGAGGACCUGGCCGCCCUCCAACCUCAUCAAUCCUUCCACCACCACUUAUGCCAGCACCAGGAGGACGUGGUGGGAUGAUGCCUCCUUUACAACGUAUGCAUCAAACAAUGUAUCCCGGCCAAAGACAGGCUUCCCCUCAACAACAGAGUGCUGCUGGGAAAAGACAGCUGUUAGGUGCUGCUGGUCAUUCGCCUAGCAAAUCUGCUCGUCGAGAGGACAUCAACGUUCCGUCGCGUCAGAAGGAUAACGAAUGUCAAAUUAUAGCAGUGGCAAACCGUAGUGAUGGACUACCAGUGAUAUCCAAUGUGCAGGGUGGGUCUGCAGCUCCUGGCAGUCAGCACCGUGGCUCAAGUGGUCCAGCAACCACAGAGUCCACUAUUAACCUCAGUGAUUCCAUUACACUAAGUGUACGAGCAUCUGGUGGUAAAGAUGCAUCAUCACGUGGUGAAAGAAGUGGCCCAGAGGCUGGGGCUGUUGCCAACCUCCUAGCAUCACGAGGUAUUACUGUUACACCAGCUGCUGGUGAACGUCAGGAUGGUACUGGAGGACGAGAUGACCGCCGAUUACCUACCGCACAAGAAUUGAAUUUAUCAUCGGCCAUAUCUGUACACCCACCAACACAAAGAGAACGAGAAGGGGGUGGAAGAGAACGAGAUAGAGAUGGAUUUGCUGUACCACAGGCACCUCCAACUCGAGGUGUUUCAAACAGUACUUUAGAACGUCCCCCUCGUCCUCCUACUGUAGAUUUAACUCAGGAUGUCCCCUCUACAGGUUCUCAGGGCACGCGGCACAAGUGCCACCAAUGUGAACGUUCUUUUCCAACAGCAGCUUUGUUAUCAGAACAUAGUCGUGUGCAUCAGCAACAGCAACAGUCCCGUAUGCCUUUUAAGUGUCACCUUUGCACUGCAGGGUUUUCUACACAAAAAGGGCAACAACAUCAUUAUCAACAAUUUCACCAGUUGCAUCUUUCUGCUGGAGAUGUGGCUAUUCCUUUAGUAGACUUGCGUAAUCCAGUUAAUGUGCAGCGCAUGGCGGCCCUUGGAAUCCGUUCAUUCCUUCCACUGACAAACCUUCAAAACCGAGGUGCUGGUGGUGUAGUUGGUGUACCUAUACUAACACUAGAAAAUUUGAGAAAUGGUCAUAUGACAUUGCAGCAAUGGGGUGUCAGUGAUGUUCUUUCCUUGGGUCCUGCAAAGACACUUAAUAUGCCCAGGUAAUUGUCAAGGGUGAUACGGCACUUUUUUAUAAGUUCCAAAGCUAGUGUGUGGGCGUCUGGUGCAAUUUAAGACGUUCCUUUUUUUUCUUUAGUUUUGGCACUGAUUAUUAGUGAGAGACAGCAAAGGGUGCUGCAGUCCGACGUCACCCUGUAUGGACAAAUAUGCCAAUAGGUUUUCUUGUCAAAAUGUACAAACUUACUUGAGUGUGCAUUCAAAAUGCUAGAACUGUAAUGUAUACGAAAGAUCUCCCUAUAUGUAUGUAUUUCUGUUCUGGAUUGUAGCUAUAUUUUUUGUUCAUACCAAUCAUUAUUUUGACGUUUCUUUGUUUUGGAGUGCCAAAAAUAUCAGUGACAAGAAGUUGUUGAGUUGUGUAAAUUAAUUACAGUAUGUAAAAAAUAUAUACUGUAUAUAUUGUAUAUUUUUUUUUUUAUGUGACUGAAUAGAAUGUUUUGGUAAACCAUACAGUAUGGCUAAUAAAUUCAUAAAAUUAUUACACAACUAAAAAGGCAUCAAUGUGUUUCUCUGCAACUCCAUUCCUUGCAUGAAAACACCAUAGAAGGGAAGACUUGGUUGAUAUAGCUUACUGUUGUGCAACUAGACUCGGAGCAAUGCACUAGUUCUAUUCAGUUCUCAAAUUAAGAAUGCCCCUUUUUUGUAUUUUUUACCAAAUAAUUUGAUUUUGUAAAGUGAAUGUACAAAUCUUUGUAUAUAGUUUUAUAUAUUUUCUAUAAAUGUGAAAUAAAUUAGAAUUUAAA